UGUCCGGAUCUUUACCUGACCAGAACAAGCAACAUACGGUCCAGAGAGUUUGUUCAAGCGGAGAACGGGACACUACACAUCCUUUAACUGACAUAAAGACACACUUGAAGGUUUCAUAUGGACUCAUUGUGAACUGGGAUUAAGUCAAAUUUAUUAUCGAUUGGAAUUAUAACUUUCAGGAAAGGUAGGCUACAGUAUUUUAUUCUGUCAUUUGUGUUAUUUAUUCUGUUCUCUACAAGUUUGCAAAAAAAAAAAAAAAAAAAAAAAAAAAAAAAAAUACAAUAAAAUAAAAAAUCCGUGUAACAUGAAGUUAUGCUUGGGUGGUCAGUCAAGUCGUCCAUUCAUUCAUUUAAAAACUGACUGUUAGCUUUAUAUGGAGUCACUUUUGCCGUUAUAUCACGACUUAUACAUGUUAAUUAAAAUGCAUUUGAACAUUCUGGCCAUUUAUUACCAUCAUACUUUAUUAUUUGCAUCACUUCAAGUCGAUAUCGAGAAAAUAAUAUUCAAUAUUGGUACCUUUCGUAGGUGUCACGGAAGUAUCCGAAGUUUCCAUGACUACUAUACUAGAGAAUUAUCGCGUGAACAGUUGAGAUGAUAGUACCAAAACCUCCAAAAAUAUGGAGUUAUCAAUCCUUCACAUCACUGAUGCUGACUAUAUACACUAGGCAAUAUUAUCUGUAUUCACAUUCAUUGCAAUGCAUUUCCUACUGGACCAACCAGGGACCGGCAAAUCUAAUUAUGAGACACUGGAGAACUGGCAACUCUAUGGAACAAGAUAAGAGAUUUUCAAUUGUAAAAAUGUAAAAAUGUAAAAUUGAGAGAGAGAGAGAGAGAGAGAGAGAGAGAGAGAGAGAGAGAGAGAGAGAGAGAGAGAGAGCAUCGUGCGCGUUUGAAUGGAUGACUGGUUGGUUAGCCUAUAAUACAUGAAAGCCUCAUUUAUAUAAAAACUUAAGUAGCUUCGAUUUAGUCUAGCAAGAAUGAUGUUGCCCGUUAGACUUGUUUUUAAUGACGAGAAUUGGUAGGUUUCCAUGUUGUCGUAAUGAGGAUUUUCUGAGGAAAAGUCUUAGUCCUAAUUAAUUUGAGUUUUAAUAGCUCCAGCCUAAGUGUUUGAAGUCCACGAACAACGUUGAACGAUGAAACGCCCUACACUAUCAAACAAAAAACAAAUAUGAUACAGUAAAUAAAUGAGACGUUCCACAUACAAAGUGUAUCGUCCUUUAGCUUUCACUGUUUCUUUAUUUUGACGAUAUCUCAAAUCAAUACAGACCAAACUGUGUGUUUUGGGUUGUUUUCCGUCACCUUUUCAUCCUGAUAUGGUCAGUGGGUCUCGUGAACCCUUUAGUGGUGGUGCGGUGGCAAAAAGUUUGUGUCACCACCGCAGGGGAUUGUAGCGACGGCAUACCACCCACCCGAAAGAAGACAUUCCCUUAUGGCUGUGACCACCGCAAAGUCAGACGAGUGAAACGGGCAGAUACGUGAGCCUUGCUAGACCGCAAAUACGUCAGUCAAUCAGCUCAACAUAGAACUAGUUAUAGAGAAGACAUCUUAUCCCAUUACUGAUUAAAUGAUUUUUCUCUUCACCUCCUAGGCAGAAGAUGUUGCUAAAUAUAAAACACAUAUUUUUAUUAACCUGCACAUUCUACACAAUGAUUGGACCUGGUAAGUUUUUAUGCAUUUUCUUGAAAUGCCCUGUAUGUACUAAUGAUCUUAAAAGUGUUGAAUUUUACUCUGCAUGUUUCAGAGUUUCUUUUGGAUGUGUGAAUGUAAAAUUGGUUUAUGCAUGUGAGCUUGAUGUUUGUUUGUAAAAGACUGGGUGACAGAGUGAGAAAAAUGUCUAAGCUAAAAUGUGUGUGCGUAUAUAUGUUUGUCAUUGUGUCAGUUUCUUGCUGUUUUACGUAGAGAAAAAGUUCACCCAAAAAUGAAAAUGUUCAAACCCAUUUUACUUUCUAACUUACAUGAAACACACAAGUAGAUGUUAGGCAGAAUGUUAUGGACUGAUAACCUCAGUCUCCAUGCACUUUAAUUGUUAUAUUAAAAUAAAUAAAUAAAUAAAUGUGUCAACACGCUUCAUAAUUUCUCCUCAUGGGUUCCACAGAAGAAAGAAAAUAAUAUGGUUUUGAAAUGACAUGAGAAUGAGUAAAUGCUGACAGAAUUUUCAUUUUUGGGUAAAUUAUCCCUUUAAUGGUCAAUUCAAUUUCAAUUCAUGCAAUUCAGGAGAUGCACUUAAUUCAUUCAAUCAAAUCUAAAAAAAAAAAAAAAAAAAAAAAAAAAAAAAAAAAAAAUGUGUUGGUUAUCUUAACUGUAAACAUUUUUUUUUUUUUACAUUUUAUGUUCUGAACUGGUCAAACUGUGCUGGGGCUUGAUCUUGCAUUCCCACAAACUAUUGUCUCCCAGCUGUCUCUAAUGGUUUACUUCCAGGCACCAAUACCUUUUAAUUAGGGUGCUCUUGUUGUCUUGUGCAAACAGAUGGCUUGACUUCAUCACUCUGCAGGCCAUUUACACACACGGAGGUGUGCUAUCCUUAGGGAUAAUCCCACCUGUCCAAAGCAUUUCUCACAUCAUUUGUCAGAGUAUAUGAUGAUUCCACUAGUUUGACAGUUACAAUCCUUUUCAGGUCUCCCAUUUAGUGUUAAAUGUUCUUCUAUAGGCAAAUUGUGCCUCACCAGUAGACUUCAAAUAAAAAAUAAAUAAAUAAAUAAACAAACAUGCAAUUCAAUAAUUCUUAGCACAAUUAUGAUAAACACAAUGAGGCAAGAUUUAAUGUGCUUUGCAACUGUGUGUAUGUCUUAAUCCUUUCAUCCUCACAGUCUCUAACACAGAAUUGGUGAUGCGUCCUGUCAGCGGCUUACUGUCUGGGAAGGUGACCCUUCCAUGUCACUUCUCCAUCAUCCCCACUGUUGCACCAUUCAACAACACAGCCCCAGGGAAAGAUUACUUGCGCAUCAAAUGGACCAAAAUUGAGAGGGAAGUGGAGUCGACUGUUCUUGUUGCCCAAAACGGCGUCAUUAAGAUUGGUUCGGGUUACAGAAGUCGCGUAUCUGUACCUAGUCACCCGGAAGACAUUGGAGACGCUUCUCUGACAGUGGCGAAGCUAAGGGCGAGCGAUGCUGGAAUUUACCGUUGUGAAGUCAUGUAUGGGAUUGAGGACACACAAGACACAGUCAAUUUGGAUGUUGAUGGCGUGGUGUUUCACUACAGGUCCAGGGUCAGCAGAUACACCCUAAAUUAUGCUAAAGCUGUGCAAACCUGCAUUAAUGUUGGCGCCACAAUUGCUACAGCAGAACAGCUGAGAGCAGCUUAUGAGGAUGGUUUUGACCAGUGUGAUGCUGGCUGGGUAGCAGAUCAAACAGUGAGAUAUCCAAUCACUAGACCAAGGCCUGGUUGCUUUGGAAAUUUACCUGGAAAGCCUGGUGUCAGGUCAUAUGGCAAACGCAAUCCCACAGAGACUUUCGAUGUAUACUGCUAUGUGGACAAGCUUGAGGGUAAUGUUUAUUAUGCCUCUACAAUGCGUAAGAUGACCUUUGAUGAGGCCAAGGCUGAGUGUGAAAGUAGAAAUGCAGUGCUGGCCUCACCCGGUCAACUCCAUGCUGCCUGGAGACGCGGCCUGGACCGAUGCGAUUAUGGAUGGCUAUCUGAUGGUAGUGCCCGUCACCCUGUCUCAAUACCUAGAAUUCAGUGUGGUAGUGGUCUGCUGGGUGUCCGCACCAUGUACCGCUACCGAAACCAGACAGGCUUCCCGGAUCUCAAUAUGAAGCUAGGAGCGUACUGUUUCAAAGGUGUUCACACCUGUUCUGACAAUGUUUGCUUGAAUGGAGGUUCUUGUGUAAAUGUGAGUGGUGCUCAGAUCUGCAGCUGUCCACCUGGAUACAGUGGUGAACACUGUGAAAUAGACAUUGAUGAAUGUCACACAAACCAAUGUCAUAAUGGAGGAACAUGUAUUGAUGGCCUGAACUCCUUCACCUGUCUGUGUCUACCAAGUUAUGCAGGAAAACUGUGUGAGCAAGACACUGAAACAUGCAACUAUGGCUGGCACAAGUUCCAGGGCCACUGCUACAAAUACUUUCCUCAUCGCCGUAACUGGGACACAGCCGAACAUGAGUGUCGUCUACAGGGUGCACACCUUGCUAGUAUCCUGUCCCAUGAUGAGCAGCAAUACAUCAACCGCCUCAGCCAAGACUAUCAGUGGAUUGGUCUGAAUGAUAAAAUGUUUGAGAAUGAUUUCCGGUGGACGGAUGGUAGUGUUGUGCAAUACGAGAACUGGAGACCGAGCCAGCCGGACAGUUUCUUCUCCUCUGGGGAGGACUGUGUGGUAAUGAUCUGGCAUGAGGACGGUCAGUGGAAUGAUGUACCCUGCAACUACUACCUUACCUUCACCUGCAAGAAAGGCACAGUGUCCUGCAGUCAGCCUCCUCUUGUCCAUAAUGCGCGCACAUUUGGGCUGCGUCCACGCUAUGAGAUCAACUCCCUGAUCAGGUACCAGUGCGUAGACGGCUUCAUCCAAAGACAUGUUCCGACCAUUCGCUGCAGAGGAGAUGGCUCAUGGGAUUUACCCAGGAUUUCCUGCAUGAGUCCCUCUGACUUCCAGAGAACAUAUACAAAAAGAUAUCAGACAUAUGGAGUUUUUCACAGCCAUCGAAGGAGGUCUGAAGAAAAGUAUGUUGACAUACCCAGACGACACCAUCGCCAUGGUGUAAAAGUCAAUUGGACACAGCAUCAGUAACACAGCCCUAAUGCAAGGGCACUCCUAACGUGUUUUGAUUGCAUGUGGUGGUCCUGCCUGAUGGCUGAAAGAUUAUCAAGAGGACAAGAAACAAAUGUCAACAUUGAGUGGAAUAUCACUGGAACCAUAGUGUGCCUUUUUUCAGUAUUUUUAGGGAUUUUUUUAAAGAGAUGGUUUUGCCAGAACUACAUACAGGACACAUUCACUUGGCCUCUGAAAAAGCAAAAAGACUAUCUGACAUACCCUCCACCAUACCCUUUCUGCUUACUUGGGAAUACAUAGUGCCUUCAUAAACUGUUACCCAAUAUCCAUAUACAAAUGCAAAUGAGCUUUAAUAGUGCAAUUAGUACCGAAAUAUUGUAAACUUUGCUCUUUGAAUCUGAUUCAUGGCCUUCUACAUUUCUGAUACACACUUUGCCAUAUGAUUCUUUUCACAGCAGGUCCACACAAAUGUUCUGCUGCUUACUAAACAAAAGAGAAAUCAUAUAUAUGAAUCUGAAAGAAUAUAUUUAGAGAGAGGGAGGAAGAGAGGGAGCAAUGGCUCAUGUGGAGUCGGCACAGUUUUUUUUUUUUUUUUUUUGUGCUGGAAAAAUGCCAAUAAUAAUAAUACUGUAUCCAAUGCAGUGGAUUGUUUUAAUAUCGUAAAGUUAACACAAAAUAUCUCAAUAUACCUUGACUUAAAAGAACAUUUAGAUGGGUCACAAAUGAAAAGCCAUGUUGAUUUUAGAUUAUUUAUAUGUCUCUGUUCUAUGUCUCUUUCAAGUGUUUACAAUGAGUAUCCUGUUUCACUUACUUUUUUCCCACAAUUAUAUAUAUAUAUAUAUAUAUAUAUAUAUAUAUAUAUAUAUAUAUAUAUAUAUACUGUAUAUAUAAAAACUUAAGUAUUACAAACCACUUCAGCCUUGAUGUUUUUCUUGGAAAAUUUAAAACUACUUUAAAGAGAAUAUACUUGAGAAUGUACUUUAAAGAGAAUGCCUUUUUACCAAGAUGCCUUUAGCCUAUAAUUUAUUCCUUGAGCUGUUCUUUGUCUUCUUGUUGUUAUACUAAAAAACAACAUGCAGAAAAUGAACUGCACAUUGUCAGAAUUCAAUAUAUUACUACAGAGGGCAGUUUAUGUCAAUAGCUGUUGUUGAUGUGACUAAUAUAAGAAAUACGGAACUAACAGAUUUGAGAUGUGGAUUUCAUUAUGACAUUUGGGGCACACUGAUGGACCAAAAGAAGAGGAUUCAAAUUAACAGCUUUAACUCGCAGCAAUUUGUUGUUUCGUGACUUAAUAAUGACGCUCAUCCAUUUGUUUAGUCCCAAGCAUUUGUUCUUUAAAAUGUUUUUGAUUGUGUGUUGUCUUGUGUCAGUUGCUUUUUGAAAGUGCACAUAUCUUUUUAUAUUUAAAGUAUAACUUGUUUAUUGUAAAAUAUGAUUGUCUAGAAUGUUUGUUAAAAAAGAAAAACAUGUAAGGAAUGUGCUCUAUGCUUUUGAUGUGUCACCAUAGAUGCAAAUAAAGUUUAUUAUAUUGUA